AUGCAGCGGCGACCGGGAGAGACUGGAAAAAUGGGGAGCGGAGGCGACGACCAGGUGAAGGUGAAGAUUAUCGUUACCCAGUUCAUGACCACGGACGCGGCCCAGUUCAAGUCCGUCGUCCAGACCCUCACCGGGAACGGCGUCGGCGGCGGCCGUGGCGGCGACCCGGCCACCCCGCCGCCCCCGGCGCUCCCCGAGGGGAUCCAGAGGCGCGACGCCGGCUGUUAG